GGCUGUCCCGGGGUGAAAACUAAACAGAAAAAGGCGGGGAUAGUUUCUUUGUGUAGGCAGCAACGUGAAGAAAACAAACGUACCCGGGAACACGGUGCAGGGCGAGGAGACGGAACGAGGUCGGCACAUGAAGUUAGCAGACAGUUAGCAUGGACUCUACAGGACAAUAUUCCUAACCUGGAGGAAUUCUUUCCAUCUGUGGACACUUCCGGACUACAGGAAUAUUAAUAAGACAGGAAAGGACGGGGACUGUUUUAGGACAGACUCCAGCUCCUCUGUGGGACGAGACCCUUCUGACUUCAGGACGUCCGUCUGAAUUAGUUCCCCCUGAAGAACAAGAAUGAGUUCUCCACAAAAGCUCAUCUGUGGGACGAGACCCUUCUGACUUCAGGACGUCCGUCUGAAUUAGUUCCCCCUGAAGAACAAGAAUGAGUUCUCCACAAAAGAAACCGAGAGGAAGAGGAGAAAAACGUCACCACUGUCAGUACUGUGACAAAUCCUUCACAACAUCAGGAUAUUUAAAGAUUCAUCAGAGAGUUCACACUGGAGAAAAGCCGUACAGCUGUGAUCAAUGUGGGGCAACUUUCACACAACAGAGUAACCUAAAAACACAUCAAAGCAUUCACACUGGAGACAAACCUCACAGCUGUGAUCAAUGUGGGGCAGCUUUUACACUACAGAGACACCUAAAAAGCCAUCAACGCAUUCACACUGGAGAGAAGCCGUACAGCUGUGAUCAAUGUGGGGCAGCUUUCACACACCAGGUUGCCCUUAAAACACAUCAACGCAUUCAUACUGGAGAGAAGCCAUAUAGCUGUGAUCAAUGUGGGGCAUCUUUCAGACAACAGAGUAACCUAGAAAACCAUCGACGCAUUCACACUGGAGAGAAGCCUUACAGCUGUGGUAAAUGUGGGGCAGCUUUCACACAAAAGGGAGACCUUAAAACUCACCAGCGCAUUCACACUGGAGAGAAGCCAUACAGCUGUGAACAAUGUGGAGAAACCUUUUCUCAAAGUAGUAACCUUAAAUCUCACCAGCGCAUUCACACUGGAGAGAAGCCGUACAGCUGUGAACAAUGUGGAGAAACCUUUUCUCAAAGUAGUAACCUUAAAUCUCACCAGCGCACUCACACUGGAGAGAAGCCGUACAGCUGUAAACAAUGUGGGGAAGCUUUUUCUCAAAGUGGUGCCCUUAAAUCUCACCAUCAGCGUAUUCACACUGGACAGAAGCCGUACUGGUGUGAACAAUGUGGGAAAACCUUUUCUCAGAGUGGUGAUCUUAAAUCUCACGAGCGCAUUCACACUGGAGAGAAGCCGUACAGCUGUGAACAAUGUGGGACCUUUUCUCAUGGUGGCAGCCUGAAAUCUCACCAGCGCACUCACACUGGAGAGAAGCCGUACAGCUGUGAACAAUGUGGAAAAACUUUUUCUCAGAGUAGUGAACUUAAAGUACACCAACGCAUUCACACUGGAGAGAAGCCCUACAGCUGUGAACAAUGUGGGAAAUGUUUUUCUCAGAGUAGUAACCUUAGAUCUCACCAGCGCACUCACACUGGAGAAAAGCCGUACUGGUGUGAACAAUGUGGAAAAACCUUUUCUCAUAGUGAGAACCUUAAACAACACCAGCGCAUUCACACUGGAGAGAAGUCGUAUAGCUGUGAACAAUGUGGAAAAACAUUUUCUCGUGGUGAUACCCUUAAAUCUCACCAGCGCAUUCACACUGGAGAGAAGCCGUACAGCUGUGAACAAUGUGGGAAAACGUUUUCUCAGAGUAGUCACCUUAAAUCUCAUCAACAGCGCUAUCAUACUGCCCCGUUGUGAACAUGUUUACUACGAGGCGGUUUAACAAGUUUAAAGGCUCGGACACACCAACCUGACAGCUAACCUUCGGCAGAAAAGGCAGUUGGACUGACUGCCUCCCCGAGUUGGUCAAAAAAAAUUGCAAAACACACCGUCAUUUUGGCCAGCCUUUUAAAUCCAGCGACUACCAUAGUAUCAUAUAAUUAGACCACGCCCCAACCUCCCUUGAUCUCUACUUUCGUGCUCACUCUAACCCCUUCAAGCAGUGGAGGUUUAAUUCCUCUCUACUAGUGGAGGAUUACUAUAAGCGAUUCUUAAACUCUCAAAUCACUCUAUUCUUUGAGCUGAAUGACCUGUCGGACACAAACAGAGGCGUAUUAUGGGAGGCUUCUAAAGCUUGUGUCAGAGGAUAGCUUAUUUUCUGUGUUUCUAAUUUAAAAAGAGGCGAAAUGUCCUGAACGGCCGGAAAUAAAGGACAUCGAUGUCAAACACACAGCUGGCCCAGACCCUAUCCUUUACAGGGAACGUCUAACCCCCAAUUUCCACUGGCUACGUAAUGGCUACGUAAUGGCUACGUAACGGCGGCGGAGUCAUCAGGUUUCCAUUCAAGUCAAUGUGUGUAUUUCCACUGACAGCAGAACGGCUGCGUUCCUCCGGCGGUCCGCAGCAGAUACACAGAGCUUCUAUUUUUGCCGGACGCAUUUACAUCUCUGCUAGCCCGGAGACCUAUCUUGUUCAACUGGAAGCUCUCCCACCCCCCCACACGUGACCUUUGGAUUAAAGAGGUGCUCGACAGUUUGAAGCUCAGAUAUUCUCUGAAAGGCUCUAUCACGACAUUCCUAGAGACAUGGAACCCCUUCCUAGAACUCGUUCACUCCCUUACUUUAUCUCCUGACUCGGAGGACUGAGCUCCUUCUGCACUGCUCUACUUGACGCAAUCUGCCAUUUAUUAUUUGUAGUUUAACAUCUUUUCUUACUUUGUGUACCUUACAUUUAAUAAUCUAUAUUUUACAUUUUAUAUUAACUCUUUGUAUUUUCUGUCUCUGAAUGUGGUUUUAGAUCUGUUGAGUUUUGUUCACUGUAAAAACGAGAACUUGAAAUUGCUCAUCUUACUUUGAUUUUCAAUGAAAUUGAAGAAAUAAAUAUGUAAUGACAAUGUCAACUUUGUUAAAGGAGUUACUUCAACUAAUUGUAUUAAGUUUCUUGUGAUAAGUUGUUCUCACUGCAAAAUGUCUGGUGGCGCAACUUUGAAAUUGUAGUUGGACUCAAGUUGAGGCCAGGUCAAGUAGUCUGUGCAUGCUUCAUGCUAAGAACAGGGUUUCUGAGCAGUUCUGCAGGGGUUUUCAUAGACGACUUCUGGUUCUGCAGAUUUAUUUAAUCAGAUCUUCUUGUUCUCUUUAGUGUUUGUGUUCAAACUCUAAAUGUUUGACAAGUUGUUCUGCAAUCGCAAUACAAGCAAGCAGAGGUAUAUAUUGGAACAAAAAGACAUUGUAGUGAAUACAUAAGUCACAAAGAUUAAUCAGAAGAUCAGCUGUUCCUCUUGAUCUGUUUGGUCCGAUCACUAUUACCUGUUAGGGUAAUUCUACUGCAGUACGUAAUACAAAAAUAGUAAGGGUGUGACGAGAUCUCGUUUUACGAGAUCUCGCGUGACGAGAUUUCUCGUCGAGGUGAAAAGAGUGAAAGAGUGACAGAC